AUGAUUGUAUCGAUUUUGGAGACAAUCAAUGAGUUCGAGCCCUUCGGACGGCUUCUCAUGCCUUCACAUCCAAAACAAUACGGAUUAUUGCCUUUGAAUCACAUCUCCUUCUGGACCAGCGCUGAGACCGAUCCCAGCCGUGACCUCUUCAGGGCACUCAAGGCCGUCACACUCGACCACAACAGCGCCAGAGAAAACUGGCGCUUAAGAGAGAGCCCCGAAGGAGAAGAGGAGCUCUACUUCAGCGACAAAGUGGUCGUCUGGAGCCGAAGCGAUGGCAACCAAUUGUCUCACCUGAUCAAGACGUUUACCAUCGAGAACCAGAUCUGCGAUGCCAUUUGGUGUGACUUCACCGACGAGUUGACCAAAAAUAUUGUUCAAUCGGUUUGUAUUUUGAACACCGUUUCGCUCGAGAUAUUCACCACAACUGGCGAUCACUUCCCAAUCGCUCUUCAAUUUCAAGUAAAUAAAGUAUUUUCAACAAAAUUUGGACUUUUGUUGGAAAGAAAGCCAUUGAACACCGAAGAGAACGACAAGUUCUUGCCGUUGAUAUUUAGCUUAAGUCAUCCGCUCAAAGAGAUCGCACCCGUCAUUAUGAGCCGAUCGGCGGUUAAGGCACAGCAAAUCGGUUACAUCACAGUUGAGGCCGACUUAGAGUUAGUGGCGGUUAUCGACGAGUUUUCGCUACUCGUCUUCUACUACAAGACUACUGGCGUUCACGUCAUAUAUUCGCUGCGAGAGGCCAACGAGGAAGAGGUGAAAUGGGUUACCAACUCUUGUAAUAGCACUUCACACGAUUGCUUCUCAUCCGAAUCCCACUUCAUUGAGUCGCCAUUCCUUUCGUCGAGCAAACAGUCCAGUUAUCAGACAAAUGGCUUCGCGUCCAACUCCUCGGCCUCACCCUUCAGAAGUCGUAGUCAUAGCGCUUCCAAACCAGGUUUCUCUUCCACGUUGGGUCUGUCCUCAACGCCCAGCGCUUUGAAUCCGUCCUUAAAUAAUAUCACUCGAAGUCUGACGACAUCGACGUCGCCAUCAGUUCUCUCUCCAUUGCGAAGCAGUAGAAUAGCCGUAUCGCCCGCCUCUCCAUCCCUGCGCCCAUUCGGCACAACACCCAAUCAGACGCCGUCACUAAUUGAUCCGCACAUGAGUCGCAUAAAAGAGCAGUACAUGAGUCCGCGUCUAACCCCGCAAUCAGCGACACCACUAAAGAACCGAAAUUUCGAUUUCCUGACCGACGAUAUCUCGGAACCGAUAAUACCUGAGCACUCACUCGACCACAUCUGGAGUGAAGCGCAAUCCUCUAUCACUGAAAAGGCGUCCAAAGUGUUUAUAUCGACUGAUCUGAUGGGACAGUCGUAUAUCUGUCUACUGAUUAGCCAAACACAGAGUCUGAAACUCAUUCGACUCGAUCGCAGUAAUGACGGAAAGAAACUCAUCUUCUGUUCAACGAAUAUCAUUAGUGCCAAAGACGCCGAACCCAUCGCCGCCCACAACAUGAUAGUAACCGUCGACUUAAACAACAAUUUGGUUUUGUUUAGCGGUUUAUACAAGACUAGUAUUAUUCACUUGCCGUCCACUCUGUGCACGGCUUUCACUAAUUCACUACUGCUGUCGCCCUCAUCGACGCUCUCCAGCAGAUCUCUAUCAUAUCAGUCGCCGUCAUAUAAGCGCUCAUCACUUCAGGCGUCGAGUCGGCCCAACAGUGCGACCGGAGUUUUUAAUACAUUUCUUUCGGAAUCUAAAAUCCUUUCGCCAGUUAUUCCCGAAUCGGAUAUCGAUAACAGUUCUUUCGUCUCAUCACUAAAUCAUUACCCAAUUAUUGGCAAAAUCAAUGCUGUGAGGGAUGCCGUCAAAGAUCGGAUCACUGUUCAGAGCGUGGACUCAACGCUGUAUAGGUUCGCUUUGCCGCCAUUUAGUUCAUCAUAUAUAGUGUCCCAGUGUUUGAAUGCUCUGAAGAGUGUGUUGCCAAAGGACUCGAGUAUGCAAUUAAUGACCAAAUGGUAUGGCUUUAGGAACGCUCCCAACUCUGAUGAGUUGACCACCAUUUCUGAAGUGAAUUUAUUUAAGUCAUGUCUUCUGUCACUAAUUGGUUAUGACGUCGAAAGUCUUCAUUUGAAUCAAAACUCACAUUCUUUGAAUCAAUCGCCGGAAGUAAUUAAGAAAAUGAAACUCAAUAGAGAAGAGGGAAGCGAUGAGGACUGGCAUUGGCUUAACUCUCAAGCCGGUGAUGAGCCCGACAUUAUUGGCUCGAAUAACAGGUCCAUAAAUCCGUCCACACUUUUCCCAUACAUGCCAUCCAUUCUCUAUUCACUGCAUUUGGUUUACGAAGACUUUAAACUUUUGGAAAUCAAUUGGGAUUUAUGUCCAAUGAUUGUUGACAUCCUAUACCUGUUCGCAGUGGACCUCAAACUCAAUGACUAUCAAAUGCAUUACAUUAAAGAUUUUCCGGAUAAAUGUCACGCUAUUAGUUACGAGUCGCGGAUCAGCGACGAAGACAUGAAAAUCAUUGCCAAAAACAUUCCCCAAUACUUCUCCGAUUCGUGUCCAUCGAUAAACUCGACCAUUAAUUCUCUGUUAGAAUGCAAUCAAAUUAAUUACAAAUUGUUUCCAUACAUUGCGAACACAACGAAGAAUAUCUAUAAUUUUAUAUUACUUUUUGCGAAUCUGAGGCAAAACGAACUCAUAAACGAACCGCAAGUUCUUCACUCAAUCAACGGAUCGAAAGUGGAUUCAGAUAUAAAUCGUUAUGAUAUUAAGUCGAGUAAUGUUUUCGCAAAAACUAUAGUUCUUAUGGACUUAUUGGGCAUCAAAGAAGAGCAUUUAAAACAGUUCCCGCCCGGACUGGCCAUCCCUUUAUGGGACUCUAUUUUUUAUUGUCGUAAUAAUCCAUCGAAUGAUUGGAAUCGUUCGUGUUUUAAACUUAUUGGUCGACCGGAUCUGUUGGCUCUUCAGCCGCCAUACAAGAAGGCCAUCAAUUAUUCGGCGACUAAACUGAAAACUGACUCUUCGGAACCGGACGACGACGGCAUCUCAUAUCUGGACUACGAUGUCAUCAAACUCUUGUUUCCCGACGACCAGCGCAUCACAGAAGCCUAUCAUAUGCUUAUGUCGUCAAAACCGGUCAAAAUAGCGAUCCAACAGAAACCCGGAGUUUCCGAUCACGACUUCAUCGAAGAACAAGAGCGCCAUUUGUAUACGAUUUGUAUCAGAACUAUGGCUCUGCCGUUAGGCCGGGGAAUGUUGUCUCUGCGGUCAUACACGCCAGUAGUGGCCGAAACUUUUCCGAUACCGAAGCUUAAUUUGGUCGGAAGGGUUCCGCCCAGAAAUAACACAAUCGAUUUGUCGCACAUCGAAGUGCCGCAGAAUAUGAACACUUGGCCACUGUUUCACAACGGGGUCGCCGCCGGACUUAGAAUAUCGUCCAACGCGUCGGGUAUUAUAGACUCGUCUUGGAUUGUGUACAACCGGCCGAAGAGCAGUUCGGCGCUGACCAACACUGUGCUGAGCAGUGACGCCCAGCACGAACACGCGGGCUUUCUGUUAGCCCUCGGCCUCAAUGGUCACUUGGCCUGUCUCUCGACAAUGAGUAUUCACGACUACUUGUGUAAAGGCAAUGAGUUGACACGAGUUGCCGUACUAUUGGGUUUGGCGGCCGCCAAAAGAGGCACAAUGGAUGUGUCGGCGGUGAAAGUGCUGAGCAUUCACGUGGAGGCACUUCUGCCCCCAACGAGUACCGAAUUGGAUGUGCCGCCCAUUGUUCAAGUGGCCGCUGUUCUCGGUAUAGGACUUUUAUAUCAGAGCAGUGGUCAGCACCACAUCGCAGAAGUAAUGCUGGGAGAGAUCGGACGACCGCCCGGACCCGAAAUGGAGCACUACAUCGAUCGGGAGUCGUACGCGUUGGCCGCCGGUCUGGCCUUUGGUCUCGUGACUCUCGGAAAGGGAAACAAUAUGAUUGGUUUGGUCUCAUCGGCCGAAGGUAUGUCAAUGGCUGACCAGUUGUGCCACUAUAUGCUGGGCGGCCAUAAGAGGCCGCUGACAGCCCUUCAACGCGAGAAAUACAAGACUCCCAGCUAUCAGAUAAGGGAAGGCGACUGUAUUAACGCAGACGUGACGAGUCCGGGCGCCACUCUUGCGCUCGGAAUGAUGUUCUUCGACACCAAUAACGAAGCGGUCGCCCAAUGGUUCACAGUUCCCGACACUCAACACCUGUUGGAAAUGGUUAGACCGGACUUUAUACUAUUGCGGACCAUAUGUAAGGGUUUGAUACUGUGGUCGUCGAUACGGCCGUCAAAGGAUUGGGUGGAAUCGCAUAUGCCUUCCAUCGUAUCGGACAAUGCAUUUCAAAGAAGCGCCAACGAAAUGAACGACCGGUUGGACUACGAGACUAUGAGUCAGGCCUACUGUAAUAUAGUGAGCGGCGCCUGUUUCGCAUUGGCCCUCCGGUACGCGGGUUCGGCCAAUCGGAAGGCAUUCAAAACCGUAAUGAAUUACAUGCAAAAAUUUAUAACACUGUCGACCAAAAGCAAUUUGGCAGAACAGGCCGGACGGAGUACUAUCGAGUCGUGUCUCAACGUACUCGUGGUGUCUCUGGCCAUCAUAAUGACCGGAACCGGUGAUAUAGAAGUGCUUCGCAUUUGCCGAUACUUGCGAUCCCGUCUCAAUCAGGCGUACGUAUUGUACGGCUCGCAUAUGGCUAUACACAUGGCUAUGGGACUGUUGUUUUUGGCCGGUUGUCGGUCUACGCUAUGCUCGUCGCCCGAAGCGGUGGCCGCUCUCAUAAUAGCGUUUUUCCCCAAAUUUCCGAUUCAUAGUAACGACAAUCGCUACCAUUUGCAAGCGUUCAGACAUUUGUAUGUAUUGGCGACCGAACCGCGACUCGUUAUACCGCGCGAUAUCGACACCGGAAAAGCCGUUUACGUGAACCUGCAUUGCGUGGUCGCCAACCAGAGCGCCAGCUGUGAGAUCAUGAAACUGAGAGCUCCGUGUUUUCUCUCCGAACUCAAUCUCCUCGAAGAGGUGGUCGUCGACGACGAGAGGUAUUGGAGGAUAUCGUUUGAAAAGGACAAGAAUUGGCAGAAUCUUAAACGUUUCUUACAACGAGACGGUGUUUUAUAUGUGAAACAAAAAACUGGUUGUUUGCCAUACAGUGAGGACCCGAAGGGCUUUAAAAGUCUUUACGCGCAAAGCGUUAUGAAGGAUGCGGUCAAAGGUUGGGCUCAUAAGGUCAAUACGACGACUGAGUUCUCAAACGACAGAAUCGUAAUGACAUUUUCAAAGUAUUUGCUCUCAAACCCGUCGGAUAUCGAGUUGGAGUCAGAG